AUGGCUCCUGCGGAAGACAACGUUGUUGUUCCACACAAGAAGCUUGAGAAGUUGCUGAGCAUGAAAGGAGGCAAGGGAGAGGCUAGCUAUGUCAAUAACUCUCAAGCCCAGGCUCAACAUGCUCGGUCCAUGCUCCAUCUUCUGAAAGACACCCUGGACGUAGUCCAACUAAACAGCCCGGAAACCCCUUUCGCGGUGGCUGAUUUGGGAUGCUCUUGCGGCAGCAACACUCUCUUCAUCGUUGACGUGAUCAUCAAGCACAUGAUCAAGCGUUACGAGGCCUUAGGCUACGAUGAGCCACCGGAGUUUUCAGCAUUUUUCUCUGAUCUCCCCUCUAACGACUUCAACACUCUUUUUCAGCUCCUCCCACCCUACGGCGGUAGCAUGGAGGAGUGCCUCGCUUCCGACAGCCACCGCUCGUAUUUUGCUGCGGGAGUUCCUGGUUCAUUUUACCGCCGCCUCUUCCCUGCUAGAUCAGUUGAUUUCUUUUACUCUGCGUUUUCCCUGCACUGGCUUUCUCAGGUGCCCGAUGCUGUGGUGGACAAUAGAUCAGCGGCUUACAACAAAGGAAGAAUAUUCAUCCACGGUGCAAAUGAGAUCACAGCAGACGCCUAUAGAAAGCAGUUCCAGACGGAUUUAGCCGGUUUCCUCAGGUCAAGAUCACUGGAAAUGAAGAGGGGCGGAUCAAUGUUCUUGGCCUGUUUAGGCAAAACUUCACUCGACCCCACAGACCAAGGUGGGGCAGGGCUUCUUUUUGGGGCUGACUUUCAAGAUGCCUGGGAUGAUCUUGUCCGAGAGGGUUUAAUCACGAGCGAGAAAAGGGACAAGUUCAACAUUCCGGUGUACGCGCCGAGCCUGCAAGACUUCAAGGAGGUAGUGGAAGCCGAUGGGUCGUUUGUCAUAAACAAGCUGGAAGUAUUCAAAGGAGGAAGCCCGCUGGUGGUGAAUCACCCAGAUGAUGCGGCUGAGGUGGGCCGAGCCUUAGCCAACAGCUGCAGGAGCAUCAGUGGAGUCCUAGUCGAUGCCCACUUAGGCGAUCACCUCAGCGAGGAGCUGUUCUCCCGUGUCCAGCGCCGAGCCACAAGCCACGCUAAAGACAUACUAGAACACCUCCAAUUCUUUCAUAUAAUUGCCUCUCUUUCUUUGGCUAUAUAGUCUAAAAUUGCCACAAAAAGGCAGAUACUGGAAGGAGGAUCUUGUACUUCCAGUCCAUAUAUUUAUAUAUAUAUAUAUUUAUGUAUGCGUAUAGGGACUGUUUGUUUGCAUCUGUCAAGUUAUAAUAAUUUUUUCUUUUCUUUUA